ACCAAUGAAAAGCUAGCACUUCCCUCAUGUCAGAGUGCGUAACGUCACGGCGGCGGCGGCCGGUCGGGUGAGCAAUGCCCCGGCGCAAGAAACGCUUCGCUUCCCGCGUGCGUAACGCUUUGAGAAGCUUGCUGGCAUUCCUCUUUAGCAACAUUGGGGUUAUCGUUCUUGUCGUCGGUUACGCUAUAGCAGGUGCUUUCAUGUUUCAAUCGAUAGAGGGAGAGGAUGAGAUGGAACGAGCGACGCAAAUGAUUAACGAGCGGAACGCGCUCGCGCAGUUUCUCUGGAGAAAUGUCACCGUGCAUUACAACCCGUUGAAUGAAACUGCUAUUAAGACCAGGAUUAGAGAAGAGUUAUUCAUAUAUCAAAAGAAGAUAGUGUUAGCAGCACGGCAUGGGUGGGACGGAGACCGCGCUAGCCGCCACUGGAGCUUCUCAUCAGCUUUCUUGUACUCACUCACCAUAAUCACCACCAUUGGUUACGGGCACCUGUCUCCGCGUACGGCCUUAGGCAAGAUACUGACUAUCUUCUACGCCUUGCUUGGACUGCCUUUGUUUCUACUGUACCUUGCUAAUAUUGGCGAAUUGUUAGCUCGGUGGUUCAAAUGCAUCUACGCGUUAGUUUGCCUGUGCAGAGGAUGCCCUGGGUUUAGGAUGAGAAGAGUGGCGAGAUUAAGGACACAGCUAGAAGUCAGCGAUGUCGAAAGCAUUGAACGUCCAGAAGGUUGGAGAAACGAUCCUGCCUUCAACAUUCUACAAAACAAUAACCAGGCAGACUUGAGAUAUCAGUCUAAUAGAAUCAAUGCAGAUGGCUAUAUUGAUAGAGGCCAAGAUAGUUUAGAUGAAGAAGAACACUUGUAUAGGUUCCCGCCUUAUAGAGAAGGUUGCCCACAGUAUAGAGAUUUUGUAGAUAGAUAUGGUCAGAAAGCUAAUAGGAACUAUCAGUAUAGUGACCUUUUGGAUAGGUAUCCAAACAGAUAUACUUCUGGCGCAUACCCACCGUUCAGAGAAGAAAGGUAUAGACAUUCAGUUAAUACGUUUAAAGACAAUUAUGAAUAUAGAAUGAAUGAUUUACGACUACAGAAUAUAUAUCCGUCCGAACGACAUCAGAAAAACAGAGAACUCUUUGACAGAUAUGACGCAGGUACAAAUCCAUAUGACAGAUAUCCACAAUCUAGAGAACCCAGAAUACCAAGCGCUGCAAGAUAUACACCAUAUCCUAAGAAUUUUCAGAGGCGCCCAGACUAUACAAGGAGCACAUCAAUGCCGAUGCCACGGUAUUACGAGCCUCCCCGCCCCGCGCCCCGGGGCUGGUCCGAGCCCGUGGCCGCCCGUAGCGAGACAUCCAGCGAGUUCAGCUACGUCACCUUUGAUGCUCAGGCCAUCACUGUGCCGAUUAGCGUUUGCGUUGCUAUUAUGUUUGGGUACCUGAUGUUCGGGUCGAUGUUGUUUCGUCAAUGGGAGGACUGGAGCCUACUCGAUGGCUCAUAUUUCUGCUUUAUUUCUCUGAGCUGUAUUGGUUUUGGAGAUUUCGUGCCCGGUGAGCGAGUGUAUACCGAACGCAUACAAGCCCCUUUCAUCGUGUGCUCUAUGUAUCUAAUGCUGGGAAUGGCACUCGUCGCCAUGUGCUUUAACCUCAUGCAGGAGCAAGUGAUCCACUUCUUUGCGGGUAUGAAACGCGCUCUCAAACGUAUCUGCCGAUGUCGCUGCAAAAGAUGACAUUGUUUAUACGCUUAUAGAAUCAGUCUGUAUGUAGCACUUGUGACACCAUCUGUAUAUUUAUGAACAAAUAGAUUAUCUUUCAUGUAUACGAAUAAUAGGGGAGUGUUCCAUAGGCUUAAUAAAGACUUUUAAAUUAUUUAGUUCUUAUUUCAGUGAGUUUAUUACCCAAGUUUCAAGUGUCUAAAUUGAAUU